AUGACUUCAGUUGAGCGCUCUCCGCCUUCUCACAGCCCGCCUGGCCCAGAUGCCAAACGGCCUCGGGGCAUCCUCAAAAACCCUUCCUUUAACUCUCCGCCAUCUCCAGAACAGCCGCGAGAUCGGUCUCUGUCGGCCAAAGAGGUCACCCUUGCAAACACCCAGAUCAACGCUGGACCUCGACGGUCGUCCUCUGGAGCAGGCUCACGCCGCCACUCCUCCCACAGCAUCGGCGACCCGUCCGAGCCGGCCCAGCGUCUCAAGUGGGACGAGGCCAACCUGUACCUGACCGAGCAGGAGCGCUCGUCGACUAUGAAAAUCACCGAGCCAAAGACCCCUUACGCCAAGCACUACGACCCCGCAGAGGACCCGACCGAUGACGAGGCGGAAGAGGUGGACGGUGCUGCUGCUGGCCGCAAGACUCAGCGUGCCGGUGCUGAGGACGACAUUCCGGGCCUAUCGCUGGGCGAGCCAGAGGAGGAAAUCCCGGAGAGGCCAGCGCCGGCGACACGCAGCUCCAGCGAGAAGACGGUCCAUGUGGACAACAAGAGCGUCACCCCCUCCGCCGAGGAGGAGGUCUUGGGACUCACGCCCGAGGAAAGGGAGAAGCACCGCAAGUUCGAGGAGGCGCGGAAGAAGCAUUAUGAGAUGAAGAAUGUGGCGCAGAUUCUGGGACAUCCGGAGGCUAUUGAUGAUGACGAAGAUGAGGAAGAUGACGAAGAUGAGGAAGAUGACGAGGAUGAGGACGAGGACGAAGGGGCGGAGAAUGGGAUUCCCCCUGUGCCUCCCUUGCCCACCAAUAUUGCCAACGGCUCGGCGUAG